CGAAAGAAAAUAAGAAGAAAUAACCGAGAAACAGACAAAGGAGCUCUCUCUCUCUUUGUGGUCUCCAAACACCGAAACGGAUGCCCAAACCCUAACCGCAUUGAAUAGGUCCUCCGUGAGCUAUGAUCUGUCGUUAAUGGAGUCUUGAUCAGAAACAUCUGUUUGAGCGGUUGGUCAGAGAAGCUAUUGGAUCAUAUGAAGUGCUUACUGGAUCCGAUUCCUUCUCUAUUUGUUGAUUCAAGUGUACUGUUGUCUUAUGUUUUUGCACAAAACAAGCUUUUUGGCAGAUUUAGUGAGUUCCAAAAAAGCAAAGAGCUGAGUAUAACUCCAACAAUUAAUUGCCCUUGAGAAGUGGUUCAAGUGGCAAGGAAUAAGGUUUCUCGGAAACCGGACCGAGCUAGGUGGAAUCUUGGCCUUAGGGAGUCCUGGGGAUUCUUCUGCCGUUGAUUAGGUGAGGGGUGAAUUCCUCUUAAGUGGAGUGGUCUUGCAUUGGAUUAGCAAGCUUGGCGUUGAAGAGGGAAGGCUAUUAUGGCUGAAGGAGAGGAGCAUAUCGAGCUUAAAUUUCGGAUUUAUGAUGGAACAGAUAUAGGUCAUCGCACCUAUGCUUCAUCCACUACUGUUGCAACUCUCAAGCAAAGACUGGUUGCUGAAUGGCCCCCAGACAAAACAGUCAUACCUAAGUCGGUUAAUGAUAUGAAGCUCAUACACGCUGGAAAAGUUUUGGAGAAUAGCAAAACACUUGCUGAAUCUAGAAUAACCUUUGGCGAUCUUCCUAGUGGUGUCAUUACAAUGCAUGUGGUAGUGCAGCCUCCUGUAGCUAAAAAGAAGACAGACAAGAACCAGGACGAGAUGCCAAAGCAGAAUUCGUGCUCAUGUAUCAUCCUUUAAAAAUGGGAAGCAUGGUUUGUAGUUGCAAUUACAAACAUGAUCACCACUUCACAUUUUUUUGUUCUUCCAUUAUGAUGUUAGUGUAAUGUAAGAUCUUAUAUACAGUUUAGUAGGUUGCCCUUUUCCCUUGUAAUUGCUUCUGCUGUUGUUCGUGCUGUCAUCUUUCUCAUGUAAGUGAAAUCAGAAUUUCUUCCAUGAAUAAUCUCUGAAUUUUAUGGGAAGGUUGUGUAUGUGUUUCCAAGAGAGAGAGAGAGGGGCAGUGCUCAUUUGUAUGCUGAGUCAUGUACUUAAGAUCUGUGGAACUCAUAAAAGACAUGGCAUUUCAGCUCCUUCAGACAUUUGGAACAUUAUAAUUCUACACCUUUUUGUUUUAUAUACCAAAUACACCAACAUUUUGGUCCUUGAAGUGGAUUUGAAAAGGAUAGGAUACUUGUGAUUGGGUUCUUCAACAUUGAAAUGAUUUCAGGGAUUGAAGGCAACACUUCUUUAGUGGUAUUUUAUCAAUAUGACUUCUGUCAAAGUGUGAGUGAAGGUUUGUUAAAAUGGUUCUCUUUUUCUGUUAUGUUUGCUUUUUGUUCAAUGACGGUGGACAUUUUGUUCAAUGAACAAUGUUUAUAUUAUUGGCCUUGGCCAUUGUAAUGGUUUAACAUGCAUGAGAAAAGAAGUUGAAUGUGAACAUAAUUCCCUUCCCUUGGUAGCCUUAUAUUCACAUUCAUUUGGGUUACUACUAAACUCCUUGUUUGCUUUCUUUUUUAUGUAUUUGCAGGAUGAGAAGGUUAGCAUGUGCUCUGAAGUGGUCAAUCUGACCUAAACAAUCAUUGACAGAUCAGGCAAUUAGAAGACCUAGUGGACUCUUCCAUUUACAUGCAUACCAUUUCUCUGAGCAUUUUUUUCAAUAGUUGUUUUGCCUCUUUGAGUAUUUUCAAUAACAAUACUAUUCAUUACUAUUUUCCA